UCAAAGGAUGCGAAAUCAAGCUUGCGGCGCAUGCAUGAUGUCUGUGGGGGCCGUGCUUUUACAUCAUGGGGGUCGAUCGCCUAUGAGCUUCGUGAUCCUGGUGGCAGUCAGCGUUUUCCAGGGCUGACCUUUCGUUAUCUUGUAUAUCUCUUUGUGCCCUGCGUCUCUUCUGCUGCGGCUCUGAGGUUCCUACUUACUACUAAUUGCGCGUUCUGGUACCAGACGCCUACUACCUUUCUUUUCACGCAGGGCAACUUACAUUAGUCACUCGUUAUACCCAAACUUUAUAAUUACGCUAAUAUGAGGGUCUCGCAAAUCCCCCUCCUCUUCACUACACUGGGUGCCAGCCUUGUGCUCGCUCAAGAACGCUGCGACGCACCCUCGCCAGGCAUAUACUGCAACUCCACGGAAAUUCUCGCAUACCACUCGGACGACUGCAAGCCUUUCCACGUCUUCAUCUCCCGUGGCUCCGAUGAGCCCUACCCGGGCCGUCUAGGCAACCUCACCUCGGAGAUUUGCGCAGCAAUUGGAGGAUCAGAAGAGUGUGGUUACGAGGAUGUCGAGUACCCAGCGAAGAGCACAGCGUGGGGACAAGGCGUUUGGUGUGAUUCUGCGGGCAAGGGUGCGAAGAGCGGACAGGCGCAGAUGAAGGCGUACAGCGAAAAAUGCCCUGAUAGCAAGUUGAUUGUGUUGGGUUACUCGCAGGGAGGAUCUGUGGCACAGGACAUGCUUGGUGGAGGAGGAGGUUCUGUCUUCGCAUGUGAGCAAGACAUGAACCCGGCUCUAGACGCUACGUCGGCUCCCGGCUCUAAUGUCGUCGCAGCCGUAACCUUUGGCGCUGUUGUUCGUUCCAAAGACCAGAAUUUCACUGUCGGUCGCGGCGUAGACUACGACGGCACCAGCGCGCGCAGCCCCGAACACCUUGAAGGCCUUCAGCAAUACUCCGACGUCUUCCUGGACUACUGCCACUACGGCGACCCAAUCUGCGCCGUCGGUUCCGAGCCCCAGGAUGUAAACGAGCACCUGAACUAUUUCGUCCAACACAACCCGGAAGUGAUCAAGUGGGUAGUUGGCAUGGCCAAGGCAAGCGGUGAUGUGAGUGCGAAACCCAGCAAGCCCGUAAUCAGCGCUUCUUCUUCCUCGACAAGUGUGGCGGCGAGACCCCAAGCCACGCCAUCCGGAUCCGCCACCCCCUCGCCUAUUGCAACGACAACUGACGGAAACGAGAAGAGCGCACAAGCAACCACUACCGCUACAGGUGCUGCUAGUUCGCUGACUGCUACUCUCGGGUACCUGACUGCGCUGGCUUUGACCGUAGCUGUGUUCUUGUAGAUAUGAUUAUUCCAUUGCAAUACUCUUCUUCACGAGUGCUUGUACCAUACAGCCUCGUUGCCUAGCAUUUUGGAUACCCCAAGCAAGGAGUAGGGAGCAUACAACGAAGCAUUGAUAUACAUCGCGUAUUGAAUUCAUCACAAGAUAGACAUGUAAAUUUGAAAACUGAACAUUGAACAUUGAACAUUGAUUUCUCAUGGUUAUCAGGCCGUCAUCGUCAUUAUAUAC